AUGGGACACCUGUGGCUCCUGGGGACUUGGUGCUUUUGGGGGCUGCUCCUGUGUGCCGUGGAUCCCCGCACAGAUGGCUCUAAAAUAAUCCCCAGAGUCACAGAAAUAAUACCCAAAUAUGGCAGCAUAAAUGGAGCAACAAGGCUGACUAUUAAAGGGGAAGUUAUUAAUAGUUGCCAGCAGCCCUCUGUGUGUUCGAAACUCAAUAUGAACUCCAAAGAUAAGCAGAAGUUGGCAAAAGGAAAGAGCAGAGCAAUGCCAGAAGAUUCCUACACUGUUAGAGUGAGUGUGGAUGGGGUUCCUAUUGCAGAAAAUAAUACCUGCAAAGGUCACAUCAACAGCUGGGCAUGCAGCUUCAAUGCAAAAAGUUUCAGAACCCCAACAAUAAGGAGUAUCACACCUUUAUCUGGAACUCCAGGUACACUAAUUACAAUCCAAGGCAGAAUCUUCACUGAUGUCUACGGAAGUAAUACUGCACUAAGCUCAAAUGGGAAAAAUGUUAGGAUUUUGAGGUAUGGUCUAAAAUUAGAUCAUCCAAAUGGAGACAUGGGUUCUAUGAUUUGUAAGACUACUGGAACUUAUAUUGGUCACCACAAUGUCAGCUUCAUCUUAGACAGUGAUUAUGGAAGGAGUCUCCCACAGAGAAUGGCAUAUUUUGUUUCUUCUCUCAAUAAAAUUUCAAUGUUUCAAACAUAUGCAGAGGUCACUACAAUUUCACCUUCACAAGGAAGCAUUCGAGGUGGCACCGUACUAACAAUAAGUGGGCAGUUCUUUGAUCAGACAGAUUUCCCAGCCAAAGUUCUAGUGGGAGGUCAAGCUUGUGAUAUUUUGAAUGUCACAGAAAAUAGUAUACGUUGCAAGACACCCCCCAAACCUCAUAUUCUCAAAACUGUCUAUCCAGGUGGCAGAGGCUUGAAGCUUGAGGUAUGGAAUAAUAGCCGGCCAGUACAUCUUGAAGAAAUACUUGAAUACAAUGAAAAAACACCAGGGUACAUGGGUGCCAGUUGGGUAGAUUCUGCUUCCUAUAGUUGGCCCAUGGAACAAGACACAUUUGUCGCACGCUUCAGUGGAUUUUUGGUGGUUCCAGAAUCUGAUGUUUAUAUAUUCUAUAUCAAAGGCGAUGACCGUUACGCUCUUUAUUUCAGCCAGACUGGACUUCCAGAAGAUAAGGUGAGGAUUGCAUAUCAUUCUGCCAAUGCCAACAGUUAUUUUUCUAGUCCAACACAAAGAUCGGAUGGCAUUCAUCUUCAGAAAGGAAAAGAGUAUUAUGUUGAAAUCUUGCUGCAAGAGUAUAGAUUGAGUGCUUUUGUUGAUGUUGGACUGUAUCAGUAUAGAACUGUUUAUACUGAACAACAAACAGGAGAUGCCAUAAAUGAAGAACAAGUUAUCAAAUCCCAGUCAACGAUCAUCCAGGAAGUGCAGGUUAUAACAUUGGAAAACUGGGAAACAACUAAUGCAAUUAAUGAAGUUCAGAAGAUCAAGAUAACCAGCCCAUGUGUGGAAGCUAAUUCAUGUUCACUUUAUCAAUACAGAUUAAUCUAUAAUGUGGAAAAAACUGUCUUGCUGCCUGCUGAUGCUUCUGACUUCCUACUACAAUCAGCCUUAAAUGACCUUUGGUCUAUAAAACCAGAUACAGUUCAAGUAACAAGAACACAGAAUCCCCAGAGCUAUAUCUACACGAUAACAUUUAUAUCAACUAGAGGAGACUUUGAUCUGCUUGGUUAUGAAGUAUUUGAAGGGAACAAUGUCACACUGGAUAUUACAGAACAAACCAAAGGAAAACCCAGCUUGGAGACAUUCACACUGAAUUGGGAUGGGAUUGCUUCUAAGCCUCUUACCCCACAGUCAUCAGAAGCUGAAUUUCAGGUAGCAGUGGAAGAAAUGGUUAGCACUAAGUGUCCACCAGAAAUUGCAAAUUUUGAAGAAGGAUUUGUUGUGAAAUACUUCAGAGACUAUGAAACUGAUUUUAACCUGAAUAAUAUUAAUAGAGGGCAGAAGACAGCUGAAACCGAUGCUUACUGUGGUCGUUAUUCCUUGAAAAACCCAGCUGUUCUUUUUGAUUCAGCAGAUGUUAAGCCAAACAGACUACCAUAUGGAGACAUUUUAUUAUUUCCUUAUAAUCAGUUAUGCUUAGCAUACAAAGGAUUUCUGACAAAUUAUAUUGGUGUAAAAUUCAAGUACCAAGACAAUGGCAAGAUUACUAGGAGCACUGAUAAACGAUUUAUAUAUAACUUUGCUGAUGGAAACAACUGGACCUAUACUUGCAUAGAUCUUCUGGAUCUCAUACAAACCAAAUACACUGGGACAAAUUUUUCUCUUCAAAGAAUUAGUCUACAGAAAGCAUCAGAAUCACAGUCCUUCUAUGUGGAUAUAGUAUACAUUGGACAGACACCUACAAUUUCAACAUUGGAUGAAAUGCCAAAGAGAAGGCUUCCUGCAUUAGCAAAUAAAGGAAUAUUUUUAAAGCACUUUCAGGUGAAUCAGACCAAAACAAAUGGAUCAGCUAUAAUGAACCAAUAUUCUGUUACCAUGACUUCAUAUAAUUGCAGUCAUAAUAUACCCAUGAUUGCUGUGAGCUUUGGGCAGAUAAUCACACACGAGACUGAGAAUGAGUCUGUUUACAGAGGAAAUAAUUGGCCAGGGAAGUCAAAAAUUCGUAUUCAAAGAAUUCAAGCAGCAUCUCCACCUUUAAGUGGCAGCUUUGACAUUCAAGCUUAUGGACAUAAUCUCAAAGGCCUCCCCGCUGCCGUGUCAGCUGCAGAUCUACAGUUUGCUCUCCAGAGUCUGGAAGAAAUGGGAAGAGUCUCAGUUACACGAGAGGGAACCUGUUCUGGAUACUCGUGGAACAUCCAGUGGAGAAGCACAUGUGGAAAGCAGAAUCUUCUACAGAUUAAUGACUCGAACAUUAUUGGAGAAAAGGCUAAUGUGACAGUUACAAAGAUAAAGGAAGGUGGCUUAUUCAGACAACACAUACUUGGAGACCUACUCCGUACACCCAGUCAACAUCCGCAGGUUGAAGUCUAUAUCAAUGAAAUUCCAGCUAAAUGUUCAGGUGACUGUGCGUUUACAUGGGAUUCCACGAUUACUCCCUUAGUCUUGGCUACAAGCCCUUCUCAAGGGUCCUAUGAAGAAAGCACGAUUUUAACCAUAGUAGGUUCUGGAUUUUCUCCUAAUUCAGCUGUAUCAGUCUCAGUUGGACCAAUAGGUUGCCCUCUUCUUUCUGUGGAUGAAAAUGAGAUCAAGUGCCAGAUUCUGAAUGGAAGUGCUGGCCGUGCUCUGGUUGCUGUGUCCGUAGCUGGUGUUGGACUGGCACAGAAUGUAGGGGCUGAGACCUUCCACUUCGUUUACCAGAGUCAGAUCUCACGCAUCUGGCCUGCUUCUGGAAGCCUAGCAGGUGGUACUCUACUGACUCUAUCUGGAUUUGGCUUUAAUGAAAAUUCCACCGUAUUAGUUGGAAAUGAAACCUGCAAUGUGAUUGAAGGAGAUUGGAAUAGGAUAACCUGCAGAACACCAAAAAGAAUUGAAGGUACAGUUGAUAUUUCAGUUAUUGCCAAUGGAUUUCAAGCCACAGCAAAGGAUGCUUUUAGUUAUAAUUGUUUACAGACACCAGUUAUAACUGAUUUUAGUCCAAAAGUACGGACAAUAUUAGAAGAAGUUAAUUUAACAAUUAAGGGUUAUAACUUCGGAAAUGAACUCACACAACAUAUGGUGGUGUAUGUUGGAGGAAAAACCUGCCAAAUUCUUCACUGGAACUUCACCAAUAUUAGCUGCCUUUUGCCCAAGUUGUCUCCUGGAAAACAUGAUAUCUAUGUAGAAGUCAGAAACUGGGGUUUUGCAUCAACAAGAGACAAGUUAAAUGCUUCAAUACAGUAUGUUUUGGAAGUGACCAACAUGUUUCCACAAAGAGGCUCCUUGUACGGUGGAACUGAAAUCACUGUAAUGGGUUUUGGGUUCAGCCCGAUUCCAACUGAGAAUACUGUGCUCUUAGGGUCCUUCCCUUGCAAUGUUAUAUCAUCAUCUGAAAAGAUCAUAAAAUGUACUCUUCAUUCAACAGGGAGUGCAUUCAGGAUUACCAACAACGGGAAAGAUUCAGUACAUGGAUUAGGUUAUGCCUGGUCACCCUCAGUCUUAAACGUGUCUGUGGGAGACACAGUGACAUGGCACUGGCAAACACAUCCAUUUCUUAGGAGGAUAGGAUAUAGAGUUUUCUCUGUCUCCAGUCCUGGAAGUGUAAUUUACGAUGGCAAAGGAUUUACGAAUGGAAGACAGAAAUCUAAGUCAGGUUCAUUUUCUUACCAAUUUACUUCACCUGGAAUCCAUUAUUAUAGCAGCGGGUAUGUUGAUGAAGCUAACUCCAUUUUUCUCCAAGGAGUCAUUAACGUUUUACCAGCUGAAUCCAGGCACAUUCCCCUGCACCUGUUUGUGGGUAGCACUGAAGCCACAUAUGCUCAGGGAGGACCUGAGAUUUUGCACUUGGGAAGCUCUGUGGCAGGCUGCCUAGCAACAGAACCCCUGUGUGGCCUGAAUAAUACCGGGGUUAAAAAUUCAAAAAGAUUGCUAUUUGAGCUUUCAAGUUGUUUUUCACCAUCUAUAAGCAACAUUACUCCAUCCACUGGAACAGUAAAUGAAUUGAUAACAAUUACUGGACAUGGCUUCAGCAAUCUCACAUGUGCUAAUAAGGUUACAAUUGGUGGCUACCCCUGUGUUGUAGAAGAAAGUAAUGACAGUUCUAUAAUGUGUCAUAUUGACCCUCAAAACUCAAUGGAUGUUGGUAUCAGAGAAAUUGUCACUCUGACAGUCUACAACCUUGGCACUGCUAUCAAUAUACUGCCCAGUGAAUUUUAUAGACGAUUUGUACUUUUGCCAAACAUUGACAUGGUGUUACCAAGUGCAGGAUCAACUACAGGAAUGACAAGAGUGACCAUAAAAGGCUCUGGAUUUGCAGUUUCUUCUGCAGGUGUAGAAGUCCUUAUGGGUCGUUUCCCAUGUAAAGUUCUAUCAGUGAAUUAUACAGCCAUUGAAUGUGAAACAUCCCCUGCUCCUCAACAUCUUGUGGUUGUAGAUCUUCUGAUACAUGGAGUACCUGCCCAGUGUCAGGGGAACUGUAGCUUUUCAUAUUUAGAAAGCAUCACUCCUUAUAUAACCAGAAUCUUCCCAGACUCUAUCCAAGGAUCUGAAAGAGUUCUCAUUGAAGGAGAAGGUUUUGGGACUGACUUGGAGGAGAUUGCUGUUUUCAUUGGAAAUCAACAGUUCAGAGCAAUAGAUGUCAGUGAAAAUAACAUCACCGUUCUUGUGACUCCUCUCCCAGCUGGACUUCAUUCUAUUAGUGUUGUGGUGGGAACUAAAGGCUUGGCUCUGGGAAAUCUGACUAUCAGCAGCCCCGCAGUAGCCUCUGUCUCACCAACUUCUGGAAGCAUCGGUGGUGGAACUAUUUUGGUGAUCACAGGAAAUGGCUUCUAUCCAGGCAAUACCACAGUCACUAUUGGGGAUGACCCUUGUCAAAUUAUUUCUGUAAACACCAGUGAAGUCUACUGCUACACUCCAGCAGGAACAGCUGGAAUGGUCGGUGUUAAAAUCUUUGUUAAUGCAAUUGCUUAUCCACCUUUACCAUUUACAUAUGCCCUGGAAGAUACUCCAUUUCUCAGAGGAAUUGUCCCAAGCAGAGGUGGAACUCUAAUAUUUGAUGAAGCUGACAUUGAACUCCAGGCAGAAAAUAUUCUAAUUACAGAUGGAGGCGUUCUUCAGAUUGGGACGGAAGCAUCCCCAUUUCAACACAAGGCUGUCAUUACUUUGCACGGGCAUCUGCGAUCUCCUGAGCUCCCUGUAUAUGGUGCCAAAACACUGGCUGUGCGAGAGGGAAUCCUGGAUCUGCAUGGUCUGCCUGUUCCUGUGAUCUGGACUCGUUUGGCUCAUACUGCAAAGGCAGGGGAAAGAACUUUGAUUUUACAAGAAGCAGUAACAUGGAAAGCAGGAGAUAACAUUGUAAUUGCAAGCACAGGACACAGACACAGUCAACGAGAGAAUGAAAAAAGGACCAUUGCAUCUGUAUCUGCUGAUGGCAUAAACAUAACACUAACUAAUCCACUGAAUUACACACACUUAGGAAUUACUGUCACACUCCCUGAUGGAACUUUGUUUGAAGCAAGGGCCGAAGUUGGAAUUCUUACAAGAAAUAUUUUAAUAAAAGGAUCUGAUAAUGUGGAAUGGAAUAACAAAAUUCCACCAUGUCCUGAUGAAUUCGACACAGGUGAAUUUGCUACACAGACAUGUCUCCAAGGAAAGUUUGGAGAAGAAAUAGGAAGUGACCAGUUUGGAGGCUGCAUUAUGUUUCAUGCUCCUGUACCUGGUAUGAAUAUGGUAACUGGAAGAAUAGAAUAUGUAGAGGUAUUUCAUGCUGGCCAGGCUUUUCGGCUAGGGCGAUAUCCAAUACAUUGGCACCUGCUGGGAGAUUUACAAUUUAAAUCUUAUGUAAGAGGCUGUGCAAUUCACCAGACCUAUAACAGAGCUGUUACUAUCCAUAACACACAUCACCUUCUGGUUGAGAGGAAUAUUAUAUAUGACAUCAAGGGAGGAGCAUUUUUUAUAGAAGAUGGUAUUGAACAUGGCAAUAUCCUGCAAUAUAACUUGGCAGUAUUUGUACAGCAAAGUACUAGUCUUCUGAACGAUGAUGUGACCCCAGCUGCAUUUUGGGUAACCAACCCGAACAAUACCAUACGGCACAAUGCAGCUGCUGGUGGCACUCACUUUGGUUUUUGGUACCGAAUGAACAACCACCCCGAUGGGCCAUCCUAUGACCGAAACAUUUGCCAAAAAAGAGUUCCUCUUGGAGAAUUCUUUAACAAUACUGUUCAUUCUCAAGGUUGGUUUGGAUUGUGGAUCUUUGAAGAAUAUUUCCCCAUGCAAACAGGAUCUUGUACUUCCACAGUGCCAGUGCCUGCCAUAUUUAAUUCACUUACUACUUGGAACUGUCAAAAAGGAGCUGAAUGGGUUAAUGGAGGUGCCCUUCAGUUCCAUAACUUUAUGAUGGUAAACAACUAUGAGGCUGGAAUCGAGACCAAGAGGAUUCUGGCUCCUUAUGUUGGAGGGUGGGGUGAAACCAACGGAGCAGUGAUUAAAAAUGCCAAAAUAGUUGGUCAUCUUGAUGAACUGGGUAUGGGAUCUGCAUUUUGCACAACAAAAGGCCUGGUUCUUCCAUUUAGUGCAGGCUUGACUGUAUCUUCUGUGCACUUUAUGAACUUUGACCGUCCCAACUGUGCAGCUUUGGGGGUGACAUCCAUCACUGGAGUUUGUAAUGAGAGGUGUGGAGGUUGGAGUGCAAAGUUUGUUGAUAUCCAGUAUUUUCACACACCAAACAAGGCUGGCUUUCGAUGGGAACAUGAAGUGGUGCUGAUUGAUACUGAUGGUUCACUUACAGGGUACAAAGGACACACCGUUAUUCCACACAGCUCACUGUUAGACCCUUCCCAUUGCACUCAAGAAGCUGAGUGGAGCAUUGGGUUCGCUGGCUCAGUCUGUGAUGCUUCAGUCAGCUUCCACCGUUUGGCAUUCAAUAAGCCUUCCCCAGUAUCUCUGCUUGAAAAGGAUGUGGUUCUCUCAGACUCAUUUGGCACAAGCAUUGUUCCUUUUCAGAAGAAACGACUGACUCAUAUGUCUGGAUGGAUGGCUCUGAUUCCAAACUCAAAUCACAUUAACUGGUAUUUUAAAGACGUGGAUCACAUAACCAACAUAUCAUAUACAUCAACAUUCUAUGGAUUUAAGGAAGAAGACUAUGUAAUUAUAUCACAUAACUUCACCCAAAAUCCUGAUAUGUUUAAUGUUAUUGAUAUAAGGAAUGGUUCUUUAAAUCCAUUGAACUGGAAUACUAGCAAGAAUGGAGACUGGCACCUUGAAGCAAACACCAGUACUCUGUAUUACUUGGUGUCAGGAAGGAAUGACCUUCAUCCCAGUCAGCCCACCUCUGGGACCCUGGAUCCUGAUGUGAAAGAUGUUACUAUUAAUUUCCAGGCUUACUGUUGUAUUCUCCAGGAUUGCUUUCCUAUACAUCCCCCAUCAAGAAAACCAAUUCCCAGGAAGAGACCAGCCACUUAUAAUUUAUGGUCAAAUGAUUCUUUUUGGCAAUCAUCUCGAGAAAAUAAUUAUACUGUACCUCACCCAGGAUCAAACGUGGUUAUUCCUGAAGGAACAUGGAUUGUAGCUGACACAGCUUUGCCUCCAAUGGAAAGGCUCAUUAUUUGGGGAGUUCUAGAACUGGAAGAUAACUAUAGUGUGGGAGCUGUAGAGUCUUCUUACAGAAAAGUUGUUUUGAAUGCUACCUACAUAUCACUACAGGGAGGUAGAUUAAUCGGUGGCUGGGAAGAUGACCCUUUUAAAGGAGAAUUAAAAAUUGUUCUUAGAGGAAAUCAUUCCACCCCAGAAUGGGCUCUUCCAGAAGGACCAAAUCAAGGGGCAAAAGUAUUGGGUAUGUAUCUCCAGAUAUCAAAAGUGUCAUAUCAGUUUUGAGAAUCUACUUUAAAAUAUACAGCACUAAAGUACUUAUCAGUUCAUGAUGUUACGGUAUCAGAGGGAGAAGAGAUUGUGAUAACAACUACCAGCUAUGAUUUCCACCAGACAGAAACAAGAAGUAUCGUUAAAAUCCUGCAUGAUCACAAAAUUCUCAUUCUCAACGAUAGCCUUUCCUACACUCACCUUGGAAAUGCAAGAAUAAGUAAUGUGGAAUUUUAUCACAGUGGUCAAGAAGGCUUCAGGGAUAGCACAGAUCCAAGAUACGCUGUAACAUUUCUUAACCUAGGGCAGAUCAAUAGAGGAACCAAUACAGUCUUACAGAAUAACGUAGUUGCUGGAUUUGGAAGAGCAGGAUACCGCAUUGAUGGUGAACCUUGCUCAAGCCAGUCUAAUUCCAAGGAAAAGUGGUUUGACAACGAAGCCCACGGAGGUUUGUACGGUAUCUAUAUGAACCAAGAUGGACUUCCUGGGUGUUCUCUUAUACAGGGAUUUACCAUCUGGACAUGCUGGGAUUAUGGAAUUUAUUUUCAGACCACGGAGAGUGUGCACAUUUAUAAUGUGACCCUGGUUGACAAUGGAAUGGCCAUUUUUCCUAUGAUUUACACGCCAGCUGCUGUCUCACACAAAAUUUCCAGUAAAAAAGUAAAAAUUAAGAGCUCAUUAAUUGUUGGAAGUAGCCCCGAAUUUAAUUGCUCUGAUGUCCUGACUGAUGAUGAUCCCAAUAUUGAACUCACUGCUGCCCAUCGGAGUCCUAGACCUCCAACAGGUGGUAGAAGUGGGAUUUGCUGGCCCACCUUUGCUUCAGCUCAUAACAUGGCACCCCGAAAGCCUCAUGCAGGGAUCAUGAGUUAUAACGCCAUUGGUGGCCUUUUGGAUGUCUCAGGUUCAACAUUUAUUGGAUUUAAGAAUGUUUGUUCAGGAGAAAUUAAUGUGAUAUUCAUUACUAACCCUUUAAAUGAGGAUUUACAGCACCCAAUCCAUGUGAAGAAUAUACAACUGGUCGAUACUACUGAACAAUCAAAAAUAUUUAUACAUAGGCCUGAUAUAAGUAAGGUCAAUCCAUCUGAUUGUGUAGACAUGGUUUGUGAUGCCAAAAGGAAAUCUUUUCUUAGAGACUUGGAUGGCUCCUUUCUGGGGAAUUCUGGUUCAGUGAUACCUCAAGCAGAAUAUGAAUGGAAUGGAAACAGCCAACUAGGAAUUGGAGACUACAGAAUUCCUAAGGUGAUGCUCACAUUCUUGAAUGGAAGUAGAAUUCCUGUCACUGAGAAAGCACCUUAUAAAGGAAUUAUUAGAGAUUCAACCUGUAAAUACAUUCUAGAAUGGCAGAGCUAUAAGUGCUUUGGGAUGGAAUAUGCAAUGAUGGUUAUUGAAAGCCUAGAUUCUGACACAGAAACUCGAAGACUUUCACCAGUGGCUGUACUAAGCAAUGGUUAUGUUGAUCUCAUUAAUGGCCCACAGGAUCAUGGUUGGUGUGCGGGAUACACAUGCCAAAGAAGGCUGUCCUUGUUUCAUAGCAUUGUGGCUCUGAACAAAUCUUACGAAGUUUAUUUCACGGGUACCAGUCCUCAGAAUCUUCGACUUAUGUUGCUUAAUGUUGACCAUAACAAGGCUGUUGUAGUAGGAACUUUUUUUUCCACACUUCAGCGUUUGGAUGUCUAUGUGAACAAUUCAUUGGUCUGUCCCAAAACGACAGUGUGGAAUGCCCAACAGAAAUACUGUGAACUUAAUAAGCAUCUAUACACAGAGCAAUUUCUUCCUGACCUGGACUCCACUGUCCUUGGUGAAAAUUACUUUGAUAGAACCUACCAGAUGCUUUACCUUUUGGUCAAAGGAACUCUACCUGUUGAAAUCCACACUACCACAGUCAUAUUUGUUUCUUUCCAAUUACCUACUGUAACAGAAGAUGACUUUUACAGCUCUCAUAAUCUGGUUAGAAAUCUCGCCUUAUUCCUGAAGAUACCAAGUGACAAAAUCCGUAUCAGCAAAGUAGUAAGAGGGAAGAGCUUGCGAAGGAAGAGAUCCACCGGACUCGCAAUUGAAUUAGAGAUUGGAGAUCCCCCCACUCAGUUCUUAAGCAAUGACACUACAGGUCGGAUGCAAUUAUCUGAACUACAGGAAAUUGCCAGUUCUCUUGGACAAGCUGUAAUUUUAGGAAAAACCGGUAACAUCCUUGGAUUUAAUAUUUCUUCUAUGUCUAUUACUAAUCCCCUCCCCAGCCCAAGUGACUCUAGCUGGAUUAAGCCAUUUUCUCAGCAGCCUUCAGUAAAGGCGGUAGAUUCCGAUGGUAAUUGUGUAUCAGUUGGUGUUACUAUGUUGACUUUGAAGGCCAUACUAAAGGACUCCAAUAAUAACCAAGUCAGUGGUCUUAGUGGAAAUACAACAAUUCCAUUUAGCAGCUGUUGGGCCAACUAUACAGACCUUACUCCUCUUAGAACAGGAAAAAAUUAUAAGAUUGAAUUUAUACUGGAUAAUGUUGUUCGGGUAGAAUCCAGAACUUUCAGCCUGCCAGCACAGACUGUCUCUAGCAGCAGCAGCAGUGGCGGCAGCAGCAGCAGUAGCAAAGCAACAACUGUGCGUACAUCUGCCCAGAUAAUGAUAAUAGUAAUUAGCUGUCUGAUGGGAAGAAUGUUGCUCUUGGAAAUAUUUAUGGCUGCAGUUUUUGCUUUGAAUGUAACUAUAGGAUGCAACUAA